AUGAGGAGAAGCGUUUGCCUGGAUAACACUAUUGAAUUUUUGAAAGGAAGAGUUUACCUCGGAGCAUAUGAUUAUACACCAGAUGACACAGAUGAAAUUGUCUUUUUUACUGUAGAAGAUUCAAUUUUCUACAAUAGUUUCCAUUUAGAUUUUGGCCCUAUGAAUAUAGGCCAUCUGUAUAGGUUUGCUGUAAUUUUUCAUGAAAUUUUGAAUGAUCCAGAAAACGCUAAUAAGGCAGUUGUCUUUUAUUCAUCUGCUUCUUCUAGACAAAGAGCUAAUGCUGCAUGUAUGUUGUGCUGUUAUAUGAUCCUUGUCCAAGGAUGGACCCCUCAUCAAGUCCUACAGCCACUAGCACAAGUUGAUCCUCCAUUUAUGCCAUUUAGGGAUGCAGGCUACUCCAAUGCAGAUUUUGAAAUUACCAUCCAGGACGUCGUUUACGGUGUUUGGAGAGCUAAAGAGAAGAGUCUUAUUGAUUUGCAUACAUUUAAUUUGGAAGUAUAUGAGAAAUAUGAGCAUGUCGAAAAUGGUGAUUUUAACGUACUGACUCCAGAUUUCAUUGCUUUUGCCUCACCACAAGAGGAUAUGAGAACCACUUCCAUUGAUUAUAAGCCUCGUCUAAACCAACCAUUUAGAAGCGUAUUGAAAUUUUUUGCCGAGAAUGAUGUCCAGCUGGUGGUUAGAUUAAACUCUUAUCUUUAUAAUAAAUGUCAUUUUGAGGAUAUUGGAAUAAAACACGUUGAUUUGAUCUUUGAAGAUGGUACUUGUCCUGACAUGUCUAUAGUGAAAAAUUUCAUCGGUGCUGCUGAGACUAUAAUUAAGCAAGGUGGUAAAAUUGCAGUCCAUUGUAAAGCCGGUCUUGGUAGAACUGGAUGUCUAAUUGGUGCACACUUAAUUUAUUCCUAUGGUUUUACUGCAAAUGAAUGUAUUGGAUUUUUAAGAUUUAUAAGACCGGGCAUGGUAGUGGGACCCCAGCAACAUUGGCUAUAUCUACAUCAAAAUGAAUUUAGGGAAUGGAAAUAUACGACUCGACUAUCUUUGGAACCAAGUGAUAUAAUAGGUGGCCUUUAUCCUUUACUCAGUGUUGAAGAAUAUCGUCUACAAAAGAAGAAAUUAAAAAUUGGUAACAAAAAAAGUGAUGAUGGUUUAGACCUUGUCACACCUGGAAGACAUAAAUUUUCAGCAGUACUGGAUAAUUCUGACAGAGAUAAAUUUAAUUCUAUUGCAGUACCACAAAAUUCACCUGGGCAGCCAAGAAAAGGGCAUAAUGGUAACAAUACAAUAGAAAACCUUUCUAAAUUGAAACAGAACCCAACUAAUGAAAUCCACAAUGGUAACAACAAUAUCACAACAAUUGAUAACAAUUCUGAGGAUGAAGAUGACGAUAUGAUGCAAACAGAUGAAUCUAAAUACUUAAAAAUAAAUAUUAACAAAUCAAGCAAUAGACCUUCUACAGCACAAUCUACUGAAUCUGAUGAUGUCAUUUUACGACAAUUGUUACCUAAAAAUAGAAGGGCUGUUUCAGGGAGAAGGAUAGCAAGUUCUGCUGGUGGCGUUAGAAAGAUGAGUGGAACAACAAAAAGAGCUAAUAUAUAG